AUGACACGAAGUGGUCCUCACAUCGAAACCGAUGCCAUUGUUAUUGGUGGUGGUUUUGGAGGGUGUAAUUCCCUCUACAAGCUCCGCAACCUCGGUCUCUCCGUCAAGCUGAUCGAAGCUGGCAGUGCCUUUGGCGGAGUUUGGCAUUGGAAUAGAUACCCGGGUGCGCGUGUCGACUCCGAGACGCCAUCUUAUCAAUUCAACAUUCCUGCCGUCUGGAAAGGGUGGAACUUCUCAGAGCGAUUCCCGGGAGAUGACGAACUGCGCCGAUACUUCCAACACGUGGACAAUGUGUUGGGUCUGAGGAAAGAUACAUUCUUCAAUACUAUCGUCACCAGGACGGAGUAUAAUCCUGUCUCACGUCGAUGGACCUUGCAGACCAACACGGGGUUGACGGCUACUUGCAAGUAUGUCAUCGCUGCAACUGGCUCUUCGUACAAGAAACACUACCCGCAGUUCAAGGGUUUGGAGACGUACAAGGGAACACUAGUCCACGCAGCAGAUUAUCCAGACUCUCUGGAUGUGACGGGCAAGCGAGUCGGCGUUGUCGGAAAUGGUGCCUCGGGCCUACAAAUCGUACAGAACUUGGCCAAGGAAAACUGCCAUCUCAAUGUCUUUAUUCGCACACCCUGCUUCACUAUUCCAAUGCAACAGCGCUCUAUUUCACCCGAGGAAGCCGAAAUGAUGAAGGGGUACUACGAGGGUAUUUUCGAUCGCUGCUAUAAAUCUGCGUCCGGAUUCCCCCACAACACCCGCUAUCAAUCAGCCCAUCAGGCUACGCCCGAAGAGCGGAAAGAGCUCUUCGACGAGCUCUGGGCGCGAGGUGGAUACAGCUUCUUGGUCUCGAAUUACUAUGACUUCCUGCUUGACGAGAGGACAAAUGGCUUCUUCUAUGACUACUGGGUCCAGAAGGUGCACCAGCGCAUGACGAAUACUGAGAAGAUGGAUCUCGUGGCCCCGUUGAAACAGCAUAUGUUCGUGGGGACCAAGAGACCGAGUCUGGAGCAGGAUUAUUAUGAGAUGAUCGAUCGUCCCAACGUGACUCUCCACAAUCUCAAAACGUCGCCUAUCAUCGAGCUUGAUGCGACUGGAGUUGUGACCGGCAACGAAGACGGCAUCCAGCACCAUGAUCUGGACGUGGUCAUAUUUGCGACCGGAUACGAUGCUGUCACCGGCAGUCUUCUAGACCUGGGCAUCACGGACAAAAACCAGAAGCCCCUUACUGAAAAGUGGAAGGUCGGGGUUCUCACUCAUUUAGGCCUCAUGGUCCCCGAUACACCAAACCUGUUUAUGGUGUACGGUCCGCAGGCCCCAACUUCUCUUGCGAAUGGCCCACCAUUCAUCGAGUUGGAGGUGGACUGGAUCUGCAAGGCUAUCGAGAAGAUGCAGAAGGAAGGCAUUUCUUCCAUUGAGCCUACGCAGCAGGCUGCCGAGCACUGGCGCGACCAAGUCUUCCAAGCCAGUCAACGUACCCUUUAUCCCAAGACGGACUCGUGGUACAUGGGUGCGAAUAUUCCGGGGAAGCGCCGGGAACCUCUUGUUUGGCUUGGUGGGAUGCCGAGCUGGUGGAAGUGCUGUGCGGACGCGUUGGAGGAGUGGGAGGGAUUUCAUAUAUCGUCAUGA